AGAUAUUCAAUUUUAAUUUAGAAUCAAAUAAAUUAAAUUAUAUUUAAUAGACGCAACUAGAAAAGGAUAAUGAGUAGAUAAGAGAGAGAUUUUCCUUCGUUGGGUUCAUAGAUAGAUGAAUCUCAACAAAGGUAAAAAAAGUAAUAAAAAUAAAUCAACUAUGAAAGCAACAAUAAAGUUACAGUAAAUGGGAUGAACGAUCUAUUAGGAUUUUACUAUGAAGGAGAUAAUUAGUAAAGCUAAUCUUCAAAUUAUAAUAAUAAUUAGAAGAAUAAGUAAUCCCAAAGAAAUCAAGAUAAAUAAAGUAAUAAAUAGCAAUAUGAAAAGAAAGAAAAUAGAAACAACUAGGCUGCUUAUGAAAGAAAAGAUCAAAAUAAUUAAUAUGAGGCUAAAAACUCAUAGCAAAAUUAUAAUUCAUAAUAUGAAGCUGUCUAAAAAAGCUAUUAAAGUAAAGAUGAUCAAUAAAAUAAUAGAUAUGAACAAAACUCUAACACUUUCACAGAUAAGUAGUAAGAUAGCAGAAACGACAAUGAAAAUAGAGGUAAUAGAAAUAGAGGUAAUAGACAAAACUACAACAAUUCUUAAAAAGAUUAGAAUGAAAAUAAGCAAUAAUAAUUUUAGAGAAUGCUUAAGAAUGAUGUGGAUGAAUAUGACGAUAAUGAUGAUGAAGAUUAAAAAAGAGGAAAUAAGUAUAAUACUAAAGGAAAUCAACAAAAAUAAUAAGGUGACAGAUAUCAACAAAAUUAUCAAUAAUAUGAGGUCAAAAAGGUUUAGGAAGUCUAUUAACAAAAAAAUUAAUAUCAGGAGCAAAAUACUAAGCAAAAUAGCAAUAAUAAUUAGCAAUAGAAUUAAAAUAAUAAUUAAGUUUUUGUUGAAAAAGUUAUUGAUAACUCUAACUAAUCUAAAGUUAACCAAAACAAUAAAAACAACUAAUAAAAAGGGAAGGAAGAAUAUGUUGCUAAGAAAACUUUACAAUAUUAAGAAUAGAAGGUAGAGUAUGUUUAAAAAUAGCCUAAUAAUACUUCAAGUAAUAAUACAAAAGAUAUCUAUGUACCAAAAUCUAGCUAAGAUUAACAGAACUAAUAAACUGUUUACGUACCUAAGAGCGUAGUAUAACAGACUUAACAAGAAUAAGUAUAGAAAAAUGAGCAAUAAGGUAAAAAGAAUUAAAAAUAAAAUUAAGUUAUGUAUGAAGAAUAUAUACCUGCUUAAUAGUAAAACUAAGCUUAACAAAGUAGCAAAAGUAAUUAAUAAUAAGAAUAGUAUUAACAAAACAAAUAGAGGAAUGAAUAUCAAAAACAAGAGUAUGUUCCUAAAAAUUAAAAUAAUAAUAAUCAAUAAUUUGUUGAAAAAUAUGAAUAAAAAUCAGCUAAAACUAAGUAUGUUACAAAGGAUGAAAGCCAAUAGUAAGAAAGCUAUUAAAGGGCAGAUAACUAAUAAGCAUAAUAGUAGAAAUAAAAUGAUGAAGAGAGCAAAUAGCAAGAUUAAAGACAAGGUAAAUUGAAAGGAAAGACUGCUAGAUAAAAGGAAUAAGAAAAAUAAGAAGUUUCAAAUGAAUGGGGCACUGAUCCUAAAAAAUAUAUUAAUGAAAAUUAGACAUUUUAUUUAAAAGAAGAUGCUUACUAUCACUACACUUAGAAUAAAUAUAAUGGUUAAAGAAGAGGAGGUCUUUAAAAAGUAGUUAUGAUUGCUGAAAAACCCUCUAUAGCCAAAUCCAUUGCAGACGCUCUUUCUAACAACUCUUCAAAGUCUGUAAAGGGAUACAGCAAAUACUUACCUGUGCACGAAUUUGAAGGAUAGUUCAAAGGAAACAGAGUUUUGUUCAAGGUUACAAGUGUUGCAGGUCAUGUUUACUCUUUAGAUUUCUAGAAAGAAUAUGAUCAGUGGAAUAAAGUCAAUCCUAUAAAUCUAUUUUCUGCUAAAACUAUUAAAGUUGAGGCUAAUCCUAGUUAAGGCGUUGUUAAACAUUUAGAAAAAGAAGCAUAAGAUGCAUCUUAUUUAAUUUUAUGGCUAGAUAACGAUAGGGAAGGUGAAAACAUCUGCUUUGAAGUUAAAUCUAUAUGUGAAGCAUUUAUGUGUAAAGAAUAAAAUACACAAUAAAUUUUAAGAGCCAAGUUUUCUUCUUUGACAAAAUCAGAUUUAGUUUAAGCUUUUAAAAAUGUAAGAGAUCCCCCAAAUAUGAACGAGUCUAAGGCUGUUGAUGCUCGUUAAAUAAUAGAUCUUAAAAUAGGUGCUGCAUUUACAAGGUAUCAGACACUAUUUUUCCGUAACAGAUAUCCCGAAUUAAAUGAAAAUAUUAUAUCUUUUGGUCCUUGCUAAACACCAACAUUGGGAUUCUGUGUUGAGAGAGAGGAUGAGAUUAAAAAUUUCAAGCCCCGUUUAUACUUCAGAAUUAGAGCUACUUUUGUCACAGAAGAUGGGAUGGAAGUAGUUUCAUAUUGUGAUAAAGGUCAUAUUUAUGAUUAAGGAGAAUCAAACAAAAUUUUCAAAGAUGUACUUAAUUAGUAACAUAUCCAAAUUACUUAAGUUAGUUCUGAUUUUGGUACUAAAUAAAGACCUGAAGGAUUAAAUACAGUCUAGUUACUAAAAAUAGCUUCAAGUUAUUUGCACAUGAGUCCUAUGGAGACCAUGCAUGUAGCUGAAAGGCUUUAUCUUAACGGGUAUAUUACCUAUCCUCGUACUGAAUCAACAGCAUAUCCUAAAGCAUUCUAAUUUAGAGAAAUAUUGAAUUCCUUACAAUCAGAUUCUGAUUAUGGAAAAUUUGCUUCUAAUUUAUUGCAAGAUUAUAAAUAACCAAGAUCAGGAGUAGAUAUGGGUGAUCAUCCUCCCAUUACUCCAACUACAAAUUAUCCUAAUUCUCUUGGUGGUGAUGAAAGAAAAUUAUAUGACUACAUAUCUAAGCAUUUUAUUGCUAGUUUAAGUGAAGAUUGCAAAUAUAAGAAAAUUACUAUUUAAGGAAGUAUCUGUAAUUACAACUUCAUCGCAAGAGGAAUAUAAAUGGUUAAUAAAGGUUUCACCGAGGUUUAAGAUCAUAUUAGUUUAGGUGAAAAUACUAUAGCUUCUAAUUUAUAACAAGGUAAGUAACUUAAAGUAACCAGUAUUAACUAAGAAUAAGAGUAUACUAGUGCUCCAGGCUACAUCACAGAAUCAGAGCUUAUAUCAUUGAUGGAAAAAAAUAGUAUUGGUACAGAUGCCUCCAUGGCUACUCAUAUAUAAAAUAUAGUAAAUCGUAACUAUGUUUAAAUAAAUGGUUCAAAUAGAAGUUUGGUUCCUACUGAAUUAGGAAGAUCUCUUGUCCAUGGAUAUUAAAAAAUAGAUCCUGAGCUUGUAUAACCCUAGAUAAGAUCUAAAAUUGAAAAUAUGGUUGAUUAAAUUGCUAAAGGAAAUAAGCAAUUUGCUGAUGUUAUAAAUGAUUCUAUGAGAAUAUUUUAAGCUAAGUACCUUACAUUUGUAGAAAAUAUAUUGAAGAUUGACAGUUUGUUUGGAUAAUUUUGCACUACUAUUGAAGACACACUGGAAUCAGCAAAACCGUUUAGCAAAUGUGGAGUUUGUAAUAGAUUUAUGAAAAUUAUUGAAAAGGCAGGCAAAAUUAUAUGUGAAAAAUGCGAUGUUUCAUUAUUUAUUCCAUCAAAUGGUAAAUACAGAUUAGCUGGUGAAAAAAAAUGUCCUUAUGAUAAAUAUUAAGUAAUCUUUUUCACAUCCUUGCAUACUCCUAAUGUUUCAUUUGAAGUUUGUCCUAAAUGCUAUACAGAGUCUCCUAACAUGGAAAGCGACUAAGUAACAUGUUCUAUUUGCACUAAUGAGGAAUGUAAGCUUUCAAUGAAUUCCAGGUUUUUGAAAGAAUGCUAAAUUUGUAAAAUGGGUGAUAUCGUCAUCGAACCAUAAGUAGCACAAAAAUUAGCUGCUAUGUGUAACGAAUGCUGGACUUAAUGGAGUCUUCCCAUUUAAAAUAAAGAUCUCAAAGUUAAUAAGGAAAAGAAAUGCGAUAAAUGCUAAAGCUAGCUUAUUUCUUUCAAACAUAUUAUUAAAGAAGAUUAACCUUCUGAUAAAGAAAAAGAGAAGCAAGUUAAGAUUAUUAAAUUUUCUAAAACAGAUUUUGUAGAUGUUUGCUUAUUCUGUGAUGCUGAACUCAAAAAAGAGUGCCAUACAGUUGAAUAUUGCGAGCCUAGAAAGAGAAGAUAACAAAGAAGAAAAAAAAGACAAUGA